AGCUAUUGCUACUGAAAGGAUGGGGCCCCUGGAAGCAAUGGGUGAAGAAAACCAGACAGAUGAAAUGAAGAUGGAGUUGUUCACCAAGCUGUACUUGCCAAGAUACACCACACCACUCAAUGAACUGGCUCUUGACCCCAAACCAGAAUUGAAGGACAGCACAACGCUAGUUGAGGUGCAGAUAAUCCUCAUCUUUGCUUACUGUUCCAUCAUUCUGUUGGGGGUGAUCGGGAACUCUCUUGUGAUCCACGUGAUCAUCAAGUUCAAAAGCAUGCGCACGGUGACCAACUUCUUCAUCGCCAACCUGGCCGUGGCUGAUCUGCUGGUGAACACCUUGUGCUUGCCUUUCACUCUAGUUUACACACUAUUGGGUGAGUGGAAAUUAGGCCCAGUCUUGUGCCACUUAGUGCCUUAUGCCCAAGCUCUUGCUGUGCACGUGUCUACUGUUACAUUGACUGUGAUUGCCUUGGAUCGACAUCGCUGUAUUGUCUAUCACUUGGAAAGCAAAAUCUCUAAGCGUAUCAGCUUCCUGAUCAUAGGAGUUGCUUGGGCAGUCAGUGCCCUGUUGGCGAGCCCUCUGGCCAUCUUCCGCGAGUACUCGCUGAUUGAGAUCAUUCCUGACUUCAAGAUUGUGGUCUGCUCUGAGAAGUGGCCAGGGGAGGGGCAGCUUAACUAUGGCACCAUCUACAGUGUCUCCAUGCUCCUGAUCCAGUACGUGCUGCCUCUGGCCAUCAUCUCCUACGCCUACACCCGCAUUUGGACCAAGCUCAAGAACCAUGUUAGUCCUGGGGCGGGGAACGACCACUACCACCACCGGCGUCAGAAAACCACCAAGAUGCUGGUUUGCGUGGUUGUUGUGUUUGCUGUCAGUUGGCUGCCAUUCCAUGCCUUCCAGCUCGUCAGCGAUAUUGACAGUCAGGUGUUGGACCUGAAAGAGUAUAAACUGAUCUACACGGUGUUUCAUGUCAUUGCCAUGUGCUCAACAUUUGCUAACCCCCUUCUCUAUGGCUGGAUGAAUAACAACUACAGGACGGCCUUCCUCACAGCUUUUCAGUGCGAGCAGCGGCUAGACUCCAUCCACCCUGAAGUGUCAGCAGCUUUCAAAGCCAGGAAGAAACUGGAAGCAAAGAAGAGUCAGUUCCCUGCAGACUCUUUCACACAACCUACCAAUGUCUAAGAUUUCUGACUUUAAAGAAGAACUGCACAUGUUGUGGACAAAGGAAUAAAUCCAUUCUGACACAUGCAUUUUUAAUGCGUAGUUUUACUCAUAAAAGGUGAAAGAAAAGUAGCAGGCAAGUCAAGGCAGAUGAUAUGAUUUGAGGGGAGUAGGUUGGCACCACGAGGAUGUGACUACACAACUCCGAGAAAACAAGAGAGAUAUUUUGUUUGUGGCUGUCUGUAACAUGGUAAGAGACAACCCCAUCCCUCCCAUCCCUACUUGACAAGUCUAAAUGACAAAGACAGAGUUUGCUGCUUUGGCUAUAGGAAGGUAAAUGGCUGUUUUGUAGCACAGGAAUACUGCUGAUGGCAGCAGGCAACUUGUAUACCGCAUGUAGAGACCAGGGAGAAUAGAAGUCUCCUGGAAGAAUGAAGCCUGUCUGGGGAAAAUGGGCUGUGCUGGUUAAAGCUCAAACUUUUCAGCCACUUUUUCUCCCACAGGGACCAUUUGUGGAGAUAAGGAAAAUAGAGAGAUCCGGUACUGUUUCUGACUCGCACUGAAGCACUUCAAACCAGAAUAUUCUGAAUGGAUUAGGGGAAAGAGAAAAGGAAAAA